AAGGAAAAAGGAAAGAAUGUGAGGAAUCCGCGCAGACCACGAAACGUGCUCUGUAAAGUUGAGGAGAGAGAAUGGUGUGAAGUUUGGGAAGAGAGGAAAACUAGUGAGAGAAAGUUACCGGAUUUUACAGCUCCAUUCGCCGGAAUUUGGGAACUCUGUUCACGUCCGGUGACGAUUUCCCAAAUUCCUUUCCCUUAGGAUUAGGGUUUGGGUAAUGCAAUCUCAUGUUGUUGCAGUAAAAGUUUGUCUCUUACCAAGUUGAGGCCGCGAUCUGUGUGCUUUUUAAGUUCUUGAAAGGGGAAUUCAUCUGAUGUCUACGCCGACAAGGAAAUUGUGGACCGGGUGGUCGCUCACGCCGAAGAGCGAGCCGGCUAUGAAGAUCAACGACAAGGGAAAAGGCCUCUCCUUUUUAGAAAAGUCUGCAAGAGGUCUGAAUGGAGAAGAAAAUGGAUCCGUCAACCUUCAUGAGAAGGUUGCAAGGCUUGAAAACGAGCUCUUCGAGUACCAAUAUAAUAUGGGGCUACUAUUGAUUGAAAAGAAGGAGUGGACCACCAAGUACGAAGAGGCCAAACAAUCUUUAGAAGAAGCAAAUGAUCUCCACAAAAGAGAACAAGAAGCUAACGCUAUUGCAACAUCUGAAGCAGAGAAGCGUGAAGACAGUUUAAGGAAGGCAUUGGGUGUUGAGAAACAGUGUGUAAUUGACUUAGAGAAGGCUUUGCAUGAGAUGCGCUCAGAAUAUGCUGAAAUUAAGUUCACAGCUGAUUCAAAACUGGCUGAGGCAAAUGCUCUUGUGGCAAGUGUGGAAGAGAAAUCUCUAGAGGUGGAAUCCAAACUCCACACAGCUGAUGCUAAGCUUGCUGAAGCUAGUAGAAAGAGUUCAGAAGUUGAAAGAAAAUUGAAUGAGCUAAAGACUCAAGAAAAUGCACUCCGAAGAGAACGCUCCUCUUUCAACAUCGAGCGUGAAUCUCACGAGAGAACUUUGUCUAAGCAAAGGGAAGACUUGAGAGAGUGGGAAAGAAAACUACAAGAGGGUGAAGAGAGGCUUGCUGAGAGCCGGAGGCUGUUAAACCAAAGAGAACAGAGAGCAAAUGACGCUGAUAAGAUUAUGAUGCAAAAGCAGACUGAACUUGAAAGUUCUCAGAAAAAAAUUGAUGCAUCAUACGCUGCUCUGAAAGAGAAAGAAGAAGACAUUAGCAGCCGGCUUGCAAGUCUUAGUAUGAAGGAGAAGGAAAUCGAUGAUGUGAAAAAAAGCUUCGAUCUAAAAGAGAAAGCAUUACAUGAACUGGAGGAAAAACUGAAUGUUAAAGAGAAAGAGGAUAUCCAAAAGCUUGUAGAUGAACACAAGGCGAUCCUGGCUGCCAAGGAAGAAGAGUUUAUCCUGGAAAUGAACCAGAGAAGGGAAUCCAUCGAUGAAGAACUGAAAAGCAAAGUGCUAGAACUUGAAAAGAAAGAAGCCGAUGUUUUUCACAUGGAAGAAAAAGUCAAGAAACGAGAAGUGGCAGUUGAAAAGAAAUCAGAGAAAGUGAAAGAGAGAGAAAAGGAUUUUGAAACAAAAGUUAAAGCUAUGAAGGAAAGGGAAAAGCUUGUAAAAGCUGAGGAGAAAAACUUGGAGAAGGAAAGGAAGCAAAUUCUCUUAGACAAGAAUGAAUUAAUUGCUCUUAGGGACGAACUUGAAAGAAUAAGGACGGACAUUGAAAAGAACCAGCUAAAGCUAAAUAAAGACAUGGAGAAGCUUAAAGUAACAGAAGCUGACAGAUUGGAACUUACUCACCUGCAAUCAGAGUUGAAGGAAGAGACAGACAAAUGUAGACUCCAACAAGAAAUGCUUUUGAAAGAAACUGAGGAUUUGAAGCGGGAAAGAGAGAAAUUUGAAAAAGAAUGGGAUGAGUUGGAGGAGAAAAGAAGUGAUAUUAAUAAACAAUUGGAGGACAUAGAUGAACGAAAACGGAACUUUGAAAAGCUAAAACACUCUGAAGAGGAAAAGUUGAUCAAGGAGAGAAUUGAAACCGAAAACCAUGUUAACAGCGAGUUGGAAGCACUUAAAGUAGCCAGGGAAUCAUUUUCAGCUACAAUGGAGCAUGAAAGAGCGAUUUUAGAAGAAAAACUGCGAAACGAGAGAAGCCAACUGCUUCAUGAUUUCGAACAGCGUACAACCAAGCUCGAGGCUGAUAUGCAGAAGAAGCAGGAAGAGACGGAGUCUGGAUUGCUUGAAAAAGAGAAAGAAUUCGAAGAGAAGAGAGAGAGAGAACUCAAUAAUAUUAAGUUUCUAACGGAAGUGGCUAGAAGAGAUAAGGAAGAGCUGAAAUUGGAGAGAUCCAGAAUAGAGAAAGAGAAACAGGAAACAUCUGCCAACAAGAAACAUCUUGAAGUACAACAAUUAGAGAUGCGAAGCGACAUUGAAGAAUUAGUUGCCUUAAGUCAUAAAUUAAAGACACAGAGGACAGAGUUCCUCAAGGAAAGGGAUCAGUUCAUGGAAUUCGUCAAAAAGCAGGAAAGUUGCACCUCCUGCGGAGAGUGUAUCCGUGAGUUUGAGCUUUCUCGUCUCCAGUCAUUGGCCAAAGUAGAAAAUUUUGAAUCCCCUCCUCUGCCUAGUAUUGCCCAAGAUUAUCUUAGGGAGGUCAACCAAGAGAUGACACCUGGAAGGCCUGCUAAUGAAUUGUCAUCCCCUGGCGUUGGAGCUUCAGUCUCAGGUGGGACCUUCUCAUGGCUUCGAAAAUGCACCUCAAAGAUUCUUGCAUUUUCUCCAGGUAAGAAAAUUGAAUCUCGUGAACUUAAAGAUAUGAUGGAUGAUUUAUCCCCGCCACCUAAGCUUAUCGAGGAAAGACAACCAAAUAUGCCUCCUUUGAGGGGUGAUGAUGUUAUUGAAGAUACUGUGGAAGAGUCUGGAAAUUCUAACGUGAAAACUGGGAAAAAGCAUAGAGCUGUGACAAGAGGGGGAAACAGGGGUAGAAUAACUGGCUCUGGUAAGGCAAGUGGGAGUGUAGGGAUCUCUAUUAAUACCUAUGAGGAAAGUGAGAGGGAAUCCGACCUUGUAGGCAUAGGAACUGCUAGGAAUGCCAGAAAACGUGGUCGUGUUCACAUAUCACAUGGAACAGCAAGUGAGCAAGGAGAUGAUGGUAGUGAAGGAAACUCAGAUAGUGUAACAGGCGGUAGUCAUAGGAAGAGGAGGCAAAAGGCCGUUCCUCCUGCGCAGACUCCUGGUCAAAGCAGAUACAAUCUCCGUCGACCAAAAAGUGCUGCUGGAGUGAAAACAAACAGGUCUUCAUCUGUUAAUGCUUCAGUAGAAGAUAAAGAGGCAUGGGAAUCCAAGUUUGCACAACCAGCUCAUGUAGAGAUUAAUGAUGGGCAAUUACAAAGUGUUGAGGCCGUUCGUCAUACUGCUGCACUAGAGGAGACACGGAUUAAGCACAAGGAUAAAGCAGAUAAUCAGGGCAGCAGUGCUGAGAUGGCAAAUACUCUAAUUGAUACCGGUUUCACUGAAGAGGUGAACGAAUCACCCGAAGUUCCCAAGGAGUAUGAUGAUGAUGACCAGUGGGGGUACAAAACUGAUGAAGAUGGGAGAAGAGAUGACGACAAUGAGGGCGAUGAGGACGAAGAGGCUGAGGAUCAUCCUGGUGAAGUGUCUAUAGGGAAGAAGAUAUGGACUUUCAUCACCACAUGAUAACAAGAAGCUGAUGUAUUCACCUUUGACAUUCGUUGCAUUUAGGAUGUGUCGGAUUCAUUAUGUACCAAAGAGGGGAGAGUUGGUUGCUAUAUCCUUUCUGCCUUAGGAGGUCUUUGAUAUGGUGGUAGUAGUGUGUAUUUUGUUGUAGUUAAUCACAAUUGAUUCAGGUGCCUUGAUGUAAUUGUGCCCCAUUGUUUGUGUUACUUAUAAUUAGGUGAUUGUUAGGGAUUCCUACAUUUGAAGCAUUUAGCAUGCAUGAAUUGCUGUUGAUAAUUCUCUAGUUUACGGGCAAUCAUUGUGAGACUGAGCCUUUGAUUUUUUACAUUUGGGAAUAGUUGCCACAAUUGAAAUGUAGGGGCCUGUUUGGCAAGUGUUAUUUCACUGAAGUUGUAUCUGCUGAUUU